AAAAAAAAUAUAUCAGCGGUACAUGAAACGAUGCGCGCGCAUGUACCGAAGCAAAACGUCGAUAUUCGAGAGUACCGUACGGAGGGAGCACAGUGUAGCAACGAUCGGGACGGUUGACAAGAGGGGGUAUGGUGAACCGGACCCCGCUCCGCCGCAACCACUAGUCGUUGUCAACAGUUACCGCCGUGGUCCUCUCGGCCGCACCACUCCGCCCGUCCGCUUGUCGACAACGGUGUUUCGUCGGACGUUAAAAGUUUUUUUUUGCACCGCGGUCGGCACGGAAGAUCGUUGUUAUUGGCAACGCGUUAUCUGCCCCGAUCGCGCGAGUACCGGCAAUUGAUACCGGCGCCCGCGCCACCCGGUCUUCGGUCGUCAACGACGUUUGGACUGCGGACGGCGACCGGUAACGCCGUAACCACGUUCUGCCGCUUGCUUGUCGCGCAACGAUCCGUGUGUGCACGCCGUUACAUCGGCCCGCUGUUGCGCUCCGCGAUCCUGUUUCGCACGGACAGCCGAUCGCCGCACGUCGGCUCACGACCGUUCCGUCUUCCGCCCGGACCGUUGUUGCCCCGUCCGGUCAACCGAAAUGUCGGACCAACCGGAGUCGUUCAUGAGAAUAGUGAUCAAAGAAUUCCUUGGAGUCGGAAAUUGGCGCUGGUCGUUCACUAAUGACAGAAUUUGUGGCAUUUGCAGAGUUCAAUUUGAAAUAUGUUGCCCUAACUGUGAUAAUCCUGAAGCGCAAUGCCCUAUAGCGUGGGGCAGAUGUUCACAUGCUUUUCAUUUGCAUUGCGUUUUAAAAUGGCUCGACACUGAGCACGCAAAUAAUAAAUGUCCAAUAUGUCGCCAAAAUUGGGAGUUAAGGGUAUAUUAACUCUUUCGCUGCUCCAGAUGUAACAACAAUUUAUCCCAUUCACUGUGAUCUACUAUUAUAUUUCUUUGUAUAGAAAAUAUAAUACUGGAAAAUAAAAAAUAAAAAUUUUUUUUAUUUUUUAUAGCACAGUUAGGUGACAGAACAUAAAUUGUAGCAGUGAAAAAGUUAAGCAUUUGAUAAAUAAUUUUA